GACUUGACAGCCAGGAGAGAGACUGGCGUGACAGAAAAGGUGACCAAGGAGGCGUCGCAGUCCUUCGCCAAGCGCUCCUUCAAGAGCAUGUUGUCGGGGGUAGAGGCCGAGGAUGUUUCGCCUACGAACCAGGCUAGCAACCAAGUCGCGAAGCAGAAAACCAUGGCCUCCGUGUCCUCCGAAGCCUUUCUUGGCAACGUGGAGAGCAACAACGAGGAAGCUGGCUCGCCUGCGGAGCAUGCCGAUGGGAACUUGCGGGAAGCUGCAGAGGACGACAUAGACCCUGGCGUUGUGCAGGUUUCUGUGGAUCCCAGCCCUGAGACACUCGGACCCUCGUCUGCGUGGCAGGAGGUCUACCAGGAUGGUGAGCUUGUGCUCUACUACUCGCGGACGCAUGGAAAAACGCUGCUGGGCUACAUCCAGGGUCCCGGCCAGUUCUUAGACACGAAAUCCGACGAGUUGCCACGCUACGACUGCGCAGUGGGCAUGAGGAAGCAGCUACGCAGGAUGGUUCCUGUGACAGACCUCCGUCCGCCCUUCCGAGGUGAUGACCCCGUGGACGUCUUCAUGGAUGAUGACAGGACAUGGCAUCCUGGCACCAUCACCCAGACACCGGCCCUCGCGCUUCAUCACACUCCCAAGUUCCAGGUCACGGUUCUGGACAUGAAAGAUGAGAAAGGUGCCCAACUCGUCCUCAUGGAUAUCUCCUUG